AAAUUGACAUUUUGACAACACUUAAAUUUUACUUUGUUAAUACUUGUAACUUUAUUUUAUUAUUAUAAUUUAAUUACUGACACUAUAUUCACUAGAAAAUGAAAUUUACUAUUCCUGAAAUAUCUUGGCAUAACAGAGACCCAGUGUUAAGUGCAGAUUUUCAACCAGUUCGUGAUGAUAAUGAACCUUUACGACUUGCUACUGGAGGCACCGAUUCUCAUAUUUUGAUAUGGUAUAUUUCUAUCACGGAAUCUGGGUCCGUGAAUUUAGAGGUUGCAGCGGAUUUGACUCGGCAUCAGAAAGCUGUGAAUGUGGUGCGAUGGUCUCCGGACGGGCAGCUUCUAGCAUCUGGUGAUGAUGAAUCUAUUAUAUUCAUUUGGAAGCAGAAAACUGAUAAAGAACCUUCUAUACAAAAUUUAGAACAGCCUGAAGAGCAGUAUAAGGAGUCAUGGGUUAUACACAAGACUCUCCGAGGACACAUGGAAGAUGUUCUAGAUAUAACUUGGAGUAUGAAUUCCUCAUGCCUAGCAUCAGGUUCAGUUGACAAUAAGUUACUGGUGUGGGAUGUAGCACGAGGCAGAUAUAGUGCUAUACUAACAGACCAUAAAGGAUUCGUGCAGGGUGUAUCUUGGGACCCGAAGGGACAGUUCAUAGCAUCUGCUAGCACUGAUAGAGUGUUUCGUACAUUUGAUAUAAACACCAAGAAAGUGGUCUCACGAAGCAGCAAAGCAGUGCUGCCAUUCUCAUCUGAGCAUCCACUAAAGGAUGUUAAAGUUCGUUUAUAUCACGAUGACACACUGCAGACAUUCUACCGGAGGUUGCAGUUUAGUCCUGAUGGCCUCCUGAUAGCUGUACCAGCUGGGAGGAUAGAACCUGAGCAGAGCAAGGCGGAUGUGAAGCCUAUUAAUGCUGUAUAUAUUUACACGAGAUAUUCCUUGAAAGUACCAGCAUGCGUGGUGCCGUGCGGGGAGCCCGCGCUGUCGGUGCGGUGGUCGCCGCGGCGCUGGGCCCCGCGCGCGGCGGGGCCCCGGGUUGCGUUCCCGGUCGGGGCGCGGAUGGUGCUGGCCAUCGCCACCAAGCGGGCCGUCAUGCUCUACGACACGCAGCAGAAGACGCCUCUAGCUUUGAUAUCUAAUAUUCAUUAUGCAAGAUUAACAGAUCUGACGUGGUCUCCCGACGGACGUAUACUGGUGGCCUCAAGUGCCGACGGAUUCUGUUCAGUCAUCACAUUUGGUGAAGGAGAGCUCGGAGAGGUUCUGCCUGACGAGGUUGAAGCGCCGGUAACUUCAGAACCAAUGGAAGUAGAGGUUCCAGAGCAGCCACAGAAACCAGAGAUAAAAGAGAAGACACCAGAAAAAGACAGUAAACCACCAAACAAUCUACAGAAGAUAGAUUCUUUCAUUAAAUUUAAGGCGCCAACACAGAAUUCCCAAAAACAAAAAUCUGUACCUGAUCCAAAGACACCUGUUAAAAUAGAUGUUUUAGAGGAAGUAGCCAUGCCAUCGUGGUCCGAUAACUCUAACAAUGAGCUCAUUAAGCCACAAGAGUCAAUGGAAGUGGAGACUGAAGUAAGUGAAAAGAUAUCAGAAGUUAUACAGAUUGAAGACAGUGAAGACAUAAAACUCGUGUACGAAGACACUGAAAGUAAACUAGUUGAGUCUCCAAAAGAGUCCAAAAUCUCAGAAAGCAAAAAAGCGUCCCCUAGGAAGAGUCCUAAAAUUAAAAGCACUAGUAAAGAGAGUCCAAACGUUGGUGGGAAGACUAAGCAGACACAGAAAUCACCACAAAACAAGUUAACUUCUAAACAGAGUCCCAAGACUGAGGCCAACUCCUUUUUGAAACAAGCAAAAGUGACAGACAUAAUAGAACCAGUGCUGGUUACAAGUGCAGCGAGCCCUAAGGCACCGAGAAGAGUAAACUUUGUUACAUUGUCGAGCCCUAAAAAUAAGAAAAAGUGUUGAUACUAAUAAAAAACAUGUAUAAAAGUAAACAUUUAUAAUAAAUAUUUACAAAUCAUUCAUUCUUUAUCACAUUUAAAUUAAAGAGAGUACAAUAAUAUAACAAAAUAUAUUUAUCAAUAGAGAGUGUCCAUACUUACCUAACACAUUCUGGUAGUCCUAUUUUGAUUUGUCCCAAGUAAAAUUAAAGAAAUCCAAUAACGAUGUUAUAAU